UCUCUGUCUUUCUAUCUCUCUCCCUCUCCCUCUCUCUGUUUCACGAGGAUCAGUGAUUUAUUGGGUGAGACCAGGAUCAACGGCCUGUCGCGCGCGUAAAAAUAUGGAUGCGUUCUUUGCAGAGGGGACACGUGUGUGGGUGAAGGAGAAAGAGCAGCUGCUUCCUUCUACAGUGAACUCCUGUGGAGAUGGAACCAUCGUCCUCACUACUGACUAUGGAGAGGUGUUGUACCUGCAGCAGGUGGAGGUGACCAGGGAGAAGUUGUACCCCAUGCACCAGAGCAGCAUUGAUGGCGUGGAGGACAUGUCCACACUGGCUGAGCUCCACGAGGCAGCUAUCAUGCACAACCUUCACCAGCGCUACCAGAAAGAUCACAUCUACACGAACAUCGGCUCCAUCUUGGCGGCGGUGAACCCGUAUAAACAGAUCUCAGACCUGUAUGAUCUCUCAGCAGUAGAGCUGUACAGUCGACAUCACCUCGGAGAACUCCCGCCUCACAUCUUCGCCGUUGCCAACGAAAGCUACCGAUGUCUGUGGAAAAGACACGACAGCCAGUGUGUGCUCAUCAGUGGAGAGAGCGGUGCUGGUAAAACAGAGAGCACUAAACUUCUGCUGCAGUUUCUGUCUGUGAUGAGCAAGAAUUCAGCGGGAGCUCCGGACAAGACCACCACCUGCGUAGAGCAAGCCAUCGUACAGAGCAGUCCGAUCAUGGAAGCGUUCGGAAACGCCAAAACUGUUUACAACAACAACUCCAGCCGCUUCGGGAAGUUCAUCCAGCUUCAUUUCUGUCAGGGUGGCAACAUCCAAGGAGGCUGCAUCGUCGACUAUCUGCUUGAAAAGAACCGUGUGGUGAGACAAAACCCCGGAGAGAGGAACUAUCACAUCUUCUACGCUCUGCUGGCUGGUGCUGAUAAAGGCCAGAAAGAAACCUAUUUCCUGGAGGAACCUCCGGAGUUGUUUCAUUACCUGAGUCAGUCCGGCUGCGUGAAGGACUGCAACCUGAACGAUAAGAAGCUCUACAACAGCGUCAUGGAAGCACUGAAGGUGCUGGAGUUCAGCGAGGAGGAGAUCAGGGACAUGUUCAAGCUGCUGUCUGGAGUCCUUCAGCUGGGCAACAUUGAGUUCAUGACCGCAGGAGGUGCUCAGAUCACCACCAAGCAGGUGGUCACUAACGUCAGUGAGCUUCUGGGUCUCGACUCCUUCCAGCUGUCUGAGGUUUUGACUCAACGCUCCAUGAUCCUGAGAGGAGAAGAGAUCUGCUCUCCGCUCACUAUAGAGCAGGCGAUAGAUUCGCGGGACUCCGUUGCCAUGGCGCUGUACUCUCAGUGCUUCUCCUGGAUCAUCAUGCGCAUCAACCAGAAGAUCAAAGGACGAGACAACUUCAAAUCCAUCGGCAUCCUCGACAUCUUCGGCUUCGAGAACUUUGAAGUGAACCGCUUCGAGCAGUUCAACAUCAACUACGCUAACGAGAAGCUUCAGGAAUAUUUCAACAAACACAUCUUCUCUCUGGAGCAACUGGAGUACAACAGGGAGGGAAUUCGCUGGGAAGCCAUAGACUGGAUGGACAACGCAGAAUGUUUGGAUCUGAUCGAAAAAAAACUGGGCAUGUUGGCGCUGGUUAAUGAGGAGAGCCGCUUCCCUAAAGGCACCGAUUUCACCCUGCUGGAGAAACUGCACAGCCGACACUCGACGAACCCAUACUACGUGAAGCCUCGACUGGCAGAUCAUCAGUUUGGCAUCAAGCACUACGCUGGAGAGGUGUUGUAUAAUGUGAGAGGCAUCCUGGAGAAGAACAGAGAUACGUUUAGAGACGACAUCUUAAACAUGCUGAAGGACAGCAGGCUGGACUUCAUCUACGACCUAUUUGAGCAAAUGGGUAGCAGGAAUAAUGAAGAGACCCUGAAGAUGGGCACGGCCCGUAAGAAACCCACCGUCAGCUCCCAGUUCAGAGACUCUCUUCACUCCUUAAUGGCCACUCUCAGCGUGUCCAAUCCCUUCUUUGUGCGCUGCAUCAAACCCAACAUGGACAAGACACCCAACAGGUUUGACCCAGAGGUGGUUCUGAAUCAGCUUCGUUACUCUGGCAUGCUGGAGACAGUGAAGAUCCGGCGCGCAGGGUUUCCUGUCAGACGCACUUUCAAAGACUUCAUGAGCAGGUAUAAGAUUAUUGUGAAGGAAGGAGGGAAAACGUCGUCAGCUGACGGAGAUGAGAAGAAAAGUUGCACCGAUCUGCUCAUCAAAUACGACCACACCAAGAAAGAGUGGCAGCUCGGCAAGACCAAGGUGUUUAUGAAAGAAUCUCUGGAGCAGAGGCUGGAGAAGGAGCGAGACGAGGUGCGGCGCAGAGCUGGCCUCAUCAUACGAGCGCACAUGCUCUCUUACAUCGCAAGGAAGCAGUUUAAAAAAGCUCUGUCCAGCAUCGUGACCAUCCAGAAGAAUUACCGCGCACAUUUCUACCAGCGACGGUUCCAGCGCAAGCGCUCGGCUGCGCUCGUCCUGCAGAAGUGCCGGCGGGGGCAAGUGGCGCGUGGCAGGUGCCGCAAACUCCGAGACGAGAAGAGGGAGAGAGAGGAGGAGGAGAGGAAGAAGAAAGAAGAAGAGAAGAAGAAAAGAGAGGAAGAUGGGGCACAGGUGAAGGUAGGAGACUCAGGAAAAGAAGAAGACGAGGCAGAGGAAGGCGGUCAGCUCUCUGUAGAGGAGCAGACCCGUCAGAUGGAGGAGAUCCUGAGGUUGGAGCGGGAGAUCAAGCGGCUGCAGAAGCAGAGGGAGGACGGCGUUUCGCAGCUGUGCGAGAGCUCACGGCAAGAGCUGAGGCUACGACGUCACGCAGAGACUCUGCGUCUCAAAAAGGCGGCAUCACGUGUCGCCACUCAGUCGCUUGACCUGCAGAGUUUCGCUGGCAUCCAGCCUGAACAGAAGAUCCCUGCGGCGACGCCUUUACCCCCGGUGGAGGGACAGGGUCGAGUCUCGCUGCCCGAUUUCCCUCCUGCGGCUGAGGGGCCUCCUGAUCAGGAGAUCUUAGCCACUCAGCCUCCACCUCCUCCUGCCUUCGCUGAGGGCACAGUGCCAUCCUCUACACCUGUUGCUGCUCCGACCAUCGCCGCGCCACCUCCUCCACCUCCACCACCUCCCCCACCUCCUCCUCCACCUCCUCCGCCUCCUCCUCCACUCCCUGGAGAGGCUGCACCGGUGAGCAAGAACGUCACCAAACCAGAGGAGAAGGAAGAGGCCAAGCCUGCAGAGCCUGAGGAAGAGGAGAAAAAGGCAGAUGAGGCAGAGAGUGAGGCAGCAGAUCGAGGCAGCAGGCUGACCGAAACCGAGGAACCGAUUUACAGCCUUCCGCUGGACACAGAGUCCGACUAUGACCAGGACGAGUUGGAGGACGGGCAGAGCAGCAACGCGGCAAACGACCCAGAGCACGCGCGCAAGUCAACCUGCACCAACGCCAGCCAGGAGUCAUACAAUCGCAGCUCAGACUCGUAUGUGGAGAGUGAUGAGGAGCAUGACGGUCUCGCUGACACAGAUGAAGAGCUGUCGAACGGUAAAGGAAACGUGCUGAACGGUAACGGACCUCCGUACUUCCACAGCUACCUCUAUAUGAAAGCGGGUCUAAUGAUCCCGUGGCGAAAGCGCUGGUGUGUGCUGAAGGACGAGACGUUCAUGUGGUUCCGUUCCAAACAGGAGUCUCUGAAGUCAGGCUGGUUGUAUAAGAAAGGCGGAGGAUUGUCCACGCUGUCGCGCAGGAACUGGAAGAUGCGCUGGUUUGUGCUACGGGACUCAAAGCUCAUGUACUUCGAGAACGACAGCGAGGAGAAGCUCAAAGGCACCAUCGACAUCCGCACAGCCAAGGAGAUUGUAGACAACCACGAGAAGGAGAACGCGCUGAACAUCGUGACCGAUGAACGCACGUAUCAGGUGUUUGCCGAGUCUCCAGAAGAUGCCAGUGGUUGGUUCACGGUGCUGAGUCGGGUCCACACUGCCACUCCAGAGCAGCUGCUGGAGAUGUCCCAUGAGCAGGCCAACCCAAAGAACGCAGUGGGAACGCUGGAUGUCGGACUGAUCGACUCUGUUUGUGCGUCUGACAAUCCGGACCGCCCCAACUCGUUUGUGAUCAUCACUGCGAAUCGUGUGAUCCACUGUAACACGGAGCUGCCGGAGGAGAUGCACCACUGGAUCAGCCUCCUGCAGAAACCCAAAGGAGAUGCCAAAGUCGAAGGCCAGGAGUUCCUGGUUAGAGGCUGGCUGCAUAAAGAGGUGAAGACCGGAGCAAAGAGCAGUGCGCUGAAACUGAAGAAGCGCUGGUUCGUCCUGACCAACAACUCUCUGGAUUACUACAAAUCAGCCGAGCGCAGCACAUCCAAGAUGGGCACGCUGGUGCUGAACAGCCUGUGCUCCGUGGUCCAGCCCGACGAGAAGGUCUUCAAAGAGACGGGAUACUGGAACAUCGUGGUUCAUGGGAGGAAACACUCGUACCGCCUCUACACCAAGAUGCUGAACGAGGCCAUGAGAUGGGUUUCAGCGAUUCAGGGGGUCAUCGAGAACAAGGCGCCCAUCGAGACCCCGACGCAGCAGCUCAUCCGGGACAUCAAGGAGAACAGUGUGAAUUCAGAAGCGGUGGAGCAGAUGUAUCGCCGGAACCCCAUCCUGCGCUACACGCAGCACCCGCUGCACUCGCCCCUGCUGCCCUUACCGUACGGAGAGAUCAACAAUAGCCUGCAAAAGGAGAAAGGCUACGGCAGCCUGCAGGACGAGGCGGUGAAGAUCUUCAACUCUCUGCAGGAGAUGGAGAUUGUCUCAGACCCGGUGGCCAUCAUCCAGGGCAUCCUGCAGACCUGCCAUGACCUGAAGCCACUCCGAGAUGAGGUCUACUGUCAGCUGAUCAAACAGACCAAUCACGUGCCUCAGCCCAACAGCCCGGGCAACCGCGCACACUGGCACCUACUCACAUGCAUGAGCUGUACGUUCCUUCCCAGUCGCGCCAUCCUGCGCUACCUGCGAUUCCAUCUGAAGAGGGUUAGGGAGCGUUAUCCCGGCACCGAGAUCGAGAAGUACGCCCACUUCAUCAGCGAGUCUCUGAAGAAGACCAAGACGAGGGAGUUUGUGCCGUCUCAGGAGGAGAUCGCCGCCCUGCUGACCAGGCGCGAGAUGGCCACCACGGUGUACUGCCACGGAGGAGGAUCCUGCAAGAUCUCCAUCAACUCCCACACCACUGCGGGAGAGGUUGUGGAGAAGCUGAUCCGAGGCCUGGCGAUGGAUAACAGCCGGAAUCUGUUCUCUCUGUUUGAACACAACAAGGUGGAGAGUCGAGCUAUCGAGAGCCGCAUCAUCGUAGCUGACAUUCUCGCCAAGUUUGAAAGACUGGCAGGAAGUGAGGAAGAAGAAGAGGAAGGUCCGUGGCGUCUUUAUUUUAAACUGUACUGCUUCCUUGACGUGGACAGCAUGCCCAAAGAAGGGGUGGAGUUUGCCUUCAUGUUCGAACAGGCUCAUGAGAGUCUGAUCAGUGGCCAUUUCCCAGCGUCCGAGGAGACGCUGCAGCACCUGGCCGCACUUCGGUUGCAGUACAUCCACGGAGAUGUGGCGCGCACGCCGUGGAGCCUGAGCAGCGUGUAUCCAGUGGGUCGCCUCCGCACCCGCAUCCUGCACUCCACCAAGUUUGGUGGGUCUGGUGUUGCUGGAGUUGUGGGGGUGGGUCCAGGAGGCCACACGCUCGAGAGGAGGAGGACCAGCUUCCUGGAUGGUACACUGAGGCGCAGCUUCAAGACCGGAUCGCUGAAGAAGCAACGAGAGGAAGAGCAGAUGCUGGAGAUGUUUGUUAAGGAGGAGAUGUCGGCCACUCUGACCAGCGUCCUGGAGAAGUGGAACCGUCUGCAGGGGAUGCCUCAACACCAGGCCAUGCUCAGUUACAUGACCAUCAUCAAAGAGUGGCCCGGAUAUGGAUCUACGCUCUUCGACGUCGAGUGUAAAGAAGGAGGCUUCCCUCAUGACCUGUGGCUUGGAGUGAGUGCAGAGAACGUGUCUGUGUAUAAAAGAGGAGAACCCAAACCACUCGAGACCUUCCAAUACGAGCAUAUCGUCUUCUUCGGCGCUCCGCAGCCCAGCACCUACAAGAUCACCGUUGACGAGAGGGAGAUGUUUUUCGAGACUCCUCGGGUGGGCGAGAUCACGAAGAUCAUGAAGGCUUACAUCAACAUGAUUGUCAAGAAGCGCUGCAGCGUCAUGUCCGUCACCAGCACCGGCAGCGCUUGGAUGAGGUGAUCGAAACCAGCCGAACGGAUUACGGGCUUGUGAGCAAUGAAAUUAUGAGCGAGAGAAAAAAGUCCUUGUGUUGAACCAGGAAACAUGAGCACACAAAGUGAGGAGAGAAGAGAAGAAGUCUCAAAAACAGCUGGACCAUAGUUUCCCUGGUGAAACUUAUCACACUGCUCCAAAGCACAACAAAGCACCUGUGACGUGAUCCCUCCCUUAAUGCUGGCACCACCACUGCUGGCCUUCUCUUUUAAUCUCAUUCUUCUUUCCUUCAUCCAGCCCGGCUCAUAAAUCUUCAUCAUGUCAUGUGCUCCUCGCUACUGUUCAAACUGUUUCCCCACUUUCCUGAUCCCAUAGUGUUCAAAAUGAACUAUUUCAUUCGAGUCACACUGAGAGCCGUUUUUUAAAGCCAAGGCCACUGGCAGACAUCUAUGUACUUAUUUAUUUAUUUAUUUAUUUAUUUAUUUAUUCAAUAAUUGGAUGAUUAUUUAUUUAUUGAUCACCGGUCAGUACUCAAGUCGAGCCAGUUCAACUUGAAGCAACACAACUCAAGUGAACUCACCUGAAUUCAACUCAGUUCAGUUCAGCUCAAACAGAAUCAACUCAAAUCAACUCAAAUCAACUCAGCACAGCUAAACUCGGCUCAGAUCAAGUCAUCUCAUCUCAACUCAACUCGAUUCGGCUUAACUCGAGUGAUCUCGAUUCAAUUCAACGCAACUGAAAUCAACACGGAUGAAAUCAGCUCAUUUGAUCUGAUCUUAAAUCAGAAGUUUAACUCAAUUCGGCGGAACUCAAGAGGACCAAUUUCAACUUGGCUCAGUUGGGCUCAACUCGGCUCCUAAACACCACUCCGAUCAGUUCUUUUCAUACGUCGCCAUCAGAAUCUAUUUUCUAUUUUAUAGUCAGGACACAAACACGUCCAACACACGCAACAAACACACUGAGUUCCUGUACUGUUCACUCCAAUGCACAAAACAGGCUAAUGAACAGCAUGAAUGCACAACAGUUUUAAAAGCAUCAACAUACCUCCAUGUCCCCAGUACGGCGAGCCGAAACGACUUACUACUGACACGAUCCAUCAGUAUUACACCAAGCAAGGCCAGGGUUCAACUGGGGACAUUCACAUAACCAGCGCACACUUCUUUUGAUCAAACCGAAUCAGUAUCACGUUUAAGGACGUGUGUGAAUGCGAACCUGAGCUACUUUCUUGCCUCCACUGAACCAGUAUUGAUACUACUAUUAAAUCCUACCAUGAGGCUGUUUGUGAAAGCAUUAGAGCGAAUGUGGCAGAAGUUAGAAAGAGACAGCUAAUCACUUAAGAGACGGUUUAUGCUUUGUGACUGAACAAAUAAUGGAAGGUUGCAGACGUUCAGAAGAAAAGCAAAGCAACGACUCUGCUACCGUUAACGUUAACGAGGCUAAAACUACAGAUGAUGGCAACUUAAUGCAGAUAAAUUUGCAUUUUAUUAUUGUAUAAUUGACGCAAUUAAAAUCUUCAUUUCAGGCCUAAAGUCUGCGCCUGACACAUCAGUCUCAGGGUUUUUAAUCCUGAGGCUCCCCAAGAUGGCCGCUAACUAGCCAAGGUUGCCUAUAAAUGAACUUAACUACAGAAACUUUAUUUUAAAAAAAAAUAACCAGCAAUCUAGCUGGAUAACAGCUACACCAUGGGCGAAGUAUUUGAAACAUUAAGAAACCGUACCAAAAAUAAUGGAACUCACUUUUCCUCAGUAACAAGUGACACCAAUAUAUCGCAGGGUUUAGUUUUUAUUUUUGUCUUUCUUGGCAGUUAGACAUUUUACGUCACUUUAUUUUCCCCCCAACUUUUUCUGAUUUUUUUUAUUUUUUGCACUAAAGAGCCCACAGACACACACACACACACACACACACACAAAACAUAAGCAAUGUUUAAUUCAAAUUUUAACAGGCAAAAAUCUGUAUUACAUUUUAAUAACUUUGUGGGACAGUAUUUAAAAAUGUACGUGUGGAAAUCAAGCACCUUGUGUGUCUCGUUGAGAGUCAAGUUUUAAACCACUAACACUUUAUAUGAACUAGUGUUUUAUCCCACAGUGCUGCUGAAUCCUCCAUUCUGAUUUGUCCGGAGGCGUUGCUUAAUUUUCUGUAACAAGAAGUCUAAAAGAAGUUCUGAUUCAUCAUCAUUUCCAUAGCAACAGUGCAUGCAGUUCACCGCACACAGGAUUUGUUUACUGCAUCCUCCACAUAAAAACAUGAUUAAAGAAAAACAUCGAUGAAGUUUUCUUUGACUGGAGUCUCCAGUUUCAACACUCCGUAACAGCCAUAACGUGAAGAUCUCAGACACGAGAAUGCCUUCAGGACAGAGGAGUUUGCAAGGGAAAGUGAAGUAAUGACUGUUUAUAGCUGCUAUAACGUAGGUGAGAAGGUCGCAGACGUUCCACCACAUUAAAUGUUAUUACAAAUGAUUUAAGUUUCAUACAGUACAUACCACGUGUUAUAUGUUACUAAAUAAAACAGUCAGCAUUGGCUGUGCUAUAAAAGAUGUGGGGUUAAAGGAUUAUACUCAGUAACAGGGUGAUCCGAUGCAUCUCAACACACCAGAAUUACCCCAUAAAACUAACUAAAUCUAACACACUUUACUGGACAGGUAAUAACACUACAAUCAUAUCACUGACUCUUAUCUGUCACCACUCCUGUAUGAGAGUCUUGUAUGCCUGUAUAGAGUUUUUUAAAUAAAAUAUAUAAAUAUAAAACCACUGUAUCUCUCAACAGUACCUGUGUAAUUUUGCUGUUUGAUAUGCAACUGUUUGUCAGUGUCAUGCAAGUUUUUUUUUGUUUUUUUUUUAAUCUUUAUUAAAUGUAUGUUUGAGAAUUUGGAACUAAAAUGACAUAAGCAAAAAACUAUUAUCGAUUACAGUGAUGAUGAUGAUGAUGAUGAUGAUUGUGGUGAAGAAAUAAGCUUAUAUAAAUAUAUAUAUAAUAUAUAUAUAAACAUAUAUAUAGGUAUGAGUGUUGUGGUAGUCGUUUAAGGCACAGAUUAAGGUGUUAUGGUGUCAAAGGUUGGUGUAAUUAUUUCUUUUUAUGAUGUAAACGGAGAGAGCGAAGGAAUGGGAAGGACAGACAGCAAACCGAUGAUGAAUUGAUGUUCUCUGUCUGUGCUGAUCCAGGAUCCUUGACCUUGAUCACCUGGUGUGGUGUGGGAUUGUGUUAUAAUAGAUACAGAUGCACAGAAAUGAUGUAUUGAAGUAGUGUGUGUGUGUUUGUGUGUGCGUAUGUGUGUGUGUGUUUUAUCACAGUGGUGUUUGUUGAUUGAGUAGCCAAGCUAGUUUUUACGAUGGCCAUUAUAAUGUAACAGACACACCAACACAAUUACAUGCAUGCAAGACACACACACACAUACACACACUACUUCAAGGCUGGUUCUCUCUCACUCUUUACACUGGGACCUUUGCUCAGCUGCAGGCAGCCAAUAAAGGGCCUGAAUGUAAAUCUUCCUUAUUACCAUUAUAUGACUCUAUAUAAGAUCAAAACAAUAUGA